AUGACGUCUACGUCUACGUCCACGUCCACGUCUGCUUCGACGCUUCCGGCAUUUACUGAUCUCAAUGCUACAUGGACGUUUAUUCAGCCUGGAUUAGAGUUUAUACUUGGUGCGCAAAAUGAACAAGGUGUCACAUCAACAAUGUAUAUGAACUGCUAUACGGCAGUUUACAACUAUUGUGUCAACAAAUCGAGGCGUGGUCUGACUCCGGCAUCCAUAGCAACCAAUACCGAGAAUAAUUCAUAUUCGCUAGCCGGAGCCGAAAUUUAUAACAAAUUAGAUGUCUAUUUGGUACAGUUUAUACGCAAUUUGAAGAAGAUGCCUAAUGAGUCCUUUUUAGAGUUUUAUGUUAGGAAAUGGACAAGGUUCACGAUUGGCGCGGUGUACAUGAACAAUGUUUUUGAUUAUAUGAACAGGUAUUGGGUGCAGAAGGAAAGGUCUGAUGGCAGGAAAGACAUAUUUGACGUUAAUACGUUAUCGUUGAUCAAAUGGAGGAAUGAGAUGUUUCAGCCGAAUUGCGACAUUUUGAUUAGCCAGGUGUUGGAGCUUAUUGAAAAACAAAGAAACCAUCUUAUUGUGGAUACAAACCUCAUUUCAACCGCUAUCAAAUCACUAGUAUUCCUAAGUAUCGAUAUUCAAGAUUUGAAGAAACCAAACUUGAUCAUUUAUGUCAACUCUUUUGAGAAACCAUUUUUGGAAGCAACAAUGAAGUAUUAUUCAAAAGAGAGUUCCGAUUACUUGGCAAACAACAAUGUCGUUGACUACAUGAAAAAAUGUGAGACUAGGUUAGCAGAAGAGAUUUCCAGGUCAAACACCUAUUUGGAAGACCACUCAAAAAAGGCAUUUGUCGAUAUUCUCAACCAAGCGAUGAUUGAAAACCAUGCCCAGGAAAUGUACGGUCAGUUUAUCAUAUUAUUAGAGCAAAAACAAAUUGAACAUAUACAGCGAAUGUACAAGUUGUUAUCUAGGAUUUCGAAAACACUCGAUCCAUUAGCAUCGGCCCUUGAAGAGUAUAUCAAGAAGGAGGCCAACUCAGCAUUAGAGGAAAUCAAAAACCAAACCGAGGCAGAGAUUAAAGAAGGUAAAAGGAAAGCGGGAAGCGGCGUGGAACCCAAGGUUUACGUCAACACAUUAAUUGCUAUAUACAACCAGUUCAACGAUAUUGUUAUUCAGGCAUUCAACAAGGACACGAAAUUUAUUAGAUCAUUGGAUAACGCGUGUCGUUAUUUUGUCAAUAACAAUGUCAUUGCUGUGCCGAAACCUAGAGCUGCAAGUAAAACACCCGAACUACUUGCAAAAUAUGCUGAUGGUUUUCUUAGAAAUAGUGCCAAAGAUUCCGAUAUUGUUGAUAUGAAUGCUGAUAACUUGAUGAUUGUGUUUAAGUUUAUAAAUGAUAAAGAUACGUUUGAAGAGCACUAUAGAAGGUCAUUGGCCAAGAGGUUGAUUAAUGGGACAUGCAAGUCGGAUGAAUUGGAAGAAAGUGUGAUUCAUAGAUUACAAGAGGAGAACUCUAUUGAAUAUACUUCUAAAAUGACCAAGAUGUUUUCUGAUAUGAAGGCAUCUGAAGACUUGAAACUUAAGGUGAAGGAAAAAAUAAACAGUGGUAGUGGCGGUAGUGGUGGUGAUUGUAUAAUUAAAGAUUUCAAUCCAUUGAUCCUUGCACAAAGCAUGUGGCCAUUUCGCCACGUUCCGGAGUACGAUUUGAAUGUGGCACCAGAACUAGCGGCACCGUUCACCAACUUGAAGGCAGUAUAUACCGAACAGCACAAUGGAAGACAACUACAAUGGCUUUGGAACCAUGGUAGAGCGGAGCUUAAAGCAAAUUUGUCAAGAAAAGGUAAACCGCCAUUUUCGUUUACUGUAUCCAACGUGCAACUCAUGAUCCUCAUAGCCUUUAACAAAAAGAACAGUUACACAUUCAAAGAAUUGCACGAAAUAGUAGGGACAAAAAGAGAAACAUUUGAAGCGCAUUUGGCUCCAUUCACAAAGUAUAAAUUGAUGGACCAAUCAACUGAGGAGAUUACUGAUGAUACGGUAUUUACAAUAGUCGAGGAAUACAAGUCAAAAAAAUUGAAGGUGAAUUUCAUUAGUGCGAUAAAGACUAAUGAGGCCAAACAAGAGGAGGAUGAAGCUAGUAAAGAAAUAGAUGAAGCAAGAAAAACUUACCUUCAAGCAUGUAUUGUAAGAAUAAUGAAGCUGAGAAAGCAAAUGAAAAACAAUGAAUUAAUUAAUGAAGUGUUGCCCCAAACAUCGAGCAGGUUCAAGGCAAAGAUUAUCGAUGUCAAGAGAGUCAUUGAUGUCUUGAUUGAAAAGGAGUACAUAAAACGUAUUGGCGAUACUAGCUUUGAGUAUAUUAGUUAG